CCCGCGCUCACCUGGAGAAGGUGCAGAGUAGCCUCCGCCUCGAGUCUCCUAUUCUUGUUGGGUUUCCGUAAGAUUGGUUCAGGAUGUCAGGACUCAGCAUGAAAGGUUUUUUAAGAGGAUCCAGUGGAAUCCACGUUCUGAAAGCCAAGACAACGUGUAUCGGACGGAUGGAGGAUUCGGACCUGUGUUUCAAGAACGGGGGAAUGGAGGAUCGCCACGCCCUGAUCGAGCUGAGCGAUUCGGAGAACUGCUUUGUUCUACGGGACCUGAACUCUGUCAAUGGGACGUUUGUCAACGACUGUCGUAUACAGAACGCGGCUGUGCGCCUUGCCCCGGGGGAUGCGCUACGCUUCGGGUUCGGGGGCGAUACCUACGAGCUAGUUCUGGACAACGUCCCCUCGGUGUUUUGUCCUCCAGUGAGCCAGCGAUCGGCGUGGCCGGGUCACCUCCAGCUCAUCGAGUCGCGCUCUCCCCCGCUGGCGGCGGCGGCGCCGUUUCCAGCGCUCUCCGCGCUGAGUUCGACCAGCGCCCCGGGUGGGUUGGUGCACGGGGGGAGUGCCACCAUUCCCCACCCUCCCCUGAGGAAGCGGGCGGCCAGUGCCGGCAGCAGGCGGGUGGUCACCGCGUACAGCACCGACCCGGGCAGUAGCCCCCUCGCACGAGGCGCCUGGACCAACACGCCCGGCCGCUCGAUGGGGAAUGGACUCCCCUUAAACUCCGCACAGAGUCUGGAGCUGCUCCUGCAAGACAAGGAACAGCAAAUCCUGAAACUGCAAGAUGCCAAUAGCCGCCUGUCUGUGUUUGAGGGAAAAUGCAAGUACAAAGAGGGCGUCAUCACCGAUCUACGUGACGAAGUUGCCGCCUUGAAGCAUCGGCUGACCCAGACGGAUCACACUCGGGUUGAGCACGAGAUCACGCAGCAUUUACUCGCACUCGGCCACGAGAUCGAGACUAAGAAGCAGGAGAUCGAGGCCUUGAAAGAACAGAUCGACAAGCUCCAGAUGGGCUCCAGCGAGGUGAUGCGGCAUUCUCUGACUGACAGAGAUCUGGAGAUUGCUCGGCUCAGGGGUGAGGCUGAGCAUCUGAAGAAAGACAAUAACAUCAUCACAGGGCUGGUGACCAGCUUGCAGCGGGAGGUCACAUCGAAGGAGCAUCAGCUGCUGCAGGCAAACAGCGAGGGGGAGAAACUGCGGCGAGUAAUCCAGGAGAAGAACGUGCAGCUGGCCGCCAUGUCAGCCAAGUUCUCAAGGCUAAGAGAAAGCAGCAUUCACCACGAGGAGAUGGUAGACAAAGAGAAGGAACUGGUGGCCCAGAGGAAUAACGUGAAGCAUCUGGAGAGCCGGCUGGCGGAGCUGGAGAUGGAGAGCGCCGAGCUCCGCGGGCAACAGGAGCGCGGGGGGAACAGUGCCGCGGAGGACAAGCGGGCCCAGGAGCAGCUGGAAGAGGAGCUGGAGAAGAUGAGACAGCAGCUGCAGGAGAUGGGGCGAAAGGAGCGGAUGGUGAGGGUGGACCUGCAGCAGACUCAGGCCAGGCUGGAGCGAUUCAGAAGUCGGAUCCUGCAGGUCACGUUCUCUGCCCCAGGAGUGCACGCUCCCGACCAGGCUGUGUCCGAUAACCAGGUGAUGGAACAGAUGCAGCUGAUCAUCGAGGAGCGGGCCAACUUCAAGGACAAGCUGCAGGAGGCGACGGACAGGAGCGCGCGGGAGGAGGAGGAGAGGAUGAACAACAAGGAGAGGCUGAGGAGGGCGUUGGGGGAGAGCCAGGCCCGUCUACAGACCGACUUUGGGAAGUGCCUGGAGCAGGAGUUUGCGACACUGCGCGACCUGCCCGUGGACCCGGAGCUGCUGUGGGUUCAGGAAGCGGCGACUGGCAUCUUAAGCAGCACGUUGUCAUGGGCGCAGCAAGUGGAGCAGAGCCUGGUGGAUGCGGGCGUGGAUGUCUCCAGCUCCGAAGGAGGAGUCCGGGGCUGUGUCCAGUUGCUGCAUGGGAGACGGCUGCAAGCAGAGGAGCAGGUGCAGGCGUUGCAGGAACAGGUGGACCGGAUGCAGGAUUCCAGAGACUGCGACAGACGUGAGCAGCUGAUUGCUUUACAGGCAGAGUGUAAGCAACAGAUGGAAGAUGAGUUCCAAUGCUGGCAAUCACAGGUUGAGGAGCAACACCAUCAGCAACUGGCUGAGGCGUUGUCUCUGGAGAAGGAGAAGGGGUCGGAAGCAGCGGAGGAGGAGAAGAGGAGGCGUGUGGAAACCGAGCAGCGUCUACGGGAGCUGAGCGAGAAUGCAACAGUGAAGCAGCAGGAAGCUGACACUCUGAGACAGCAGCUGAUCACCGUGUCCCAAUCACUGGAGGAGGCGGGCAAGAUGGAGGCUGGUUUGCGGGAGGAGUUGGCUGCUCGGGCUCAAUGCCAGAGCGCUGAGCUGCAGGAGAUGGGGAAUCGGAUUGAGGUGGAGAGACACAAUCAGCGGCAUGAAGUGGCGGAGUUCAAGGAGCAGAUCCGGCAACAUUCCCGGACUAUCGUGGCUCUGGAGGGCAGGCUGCUCACCGUCACUGGGCAGCAGCAGGCAGCUGAGGAACACAGAGCAAUACUGUCGGGAAAACUGGACGAUGCGAGGAAGGAGAUGGAAGAGCGGGAAAGGAAGUGGUGCAUGAAGCAGGCCGUGCGCGCAUCACCGCCCCCAGCCGCAGUGCCCGCCGCACCUGACCUCCAUGCACAGGAGCGGCUCUGCGCCUUACUGCGGAAGGAGUUGGCAGAGGGUGGGAUGCAGCUGCGGGCCCAGCAGGAGGUGAUCGUGGGACUGAGGAAGGAUCUCGCUGCCUCCAGCGCCAAGAUGUCGGACCUGGCAGGGGAGCUGAGCGAGAAACAAAAGGUGGAACUGGAACAGAGCCACGAGCUGGCUCGGAGCCAGGUACGGGAGGUGGGCACUCUGCGGCAACAGCUGGCCAGGAUGUCCCAGCUCGUAGACAAGAAAAACGAAGAGUUGCAAAGUCGGGACGCUGAGCUCAGGGCAUGCAUGGAGAAGCUGGAACAUCAGAAGGCGGCCAAGAAACAGAAGGACCAGCAGUGCAAGCAACUGCAGCAGGAGCUGAGUGAACGGGAGAACAAGCCACACCAGGGACCCGUGCAGACUGAGGUGCAGGAGAAGCUGAACUCUGACCUCGCCCUGGUGGCAGCAGAGUGCAAAGGUCGCCGGCACGAGGAGGUCAUUCAGCGCCAGCGGGAAGCGUUGUCUGAGUUACGGUCCCGGAUAAAGUGUCUGGAACAAGCUCACCCUCCCAGAACCAGCCAGGAAGAGGCUUUGCAACAGUUGCUGAGACUGAAGAAGGAACUGGCCGACUUGCCGAGCCACCGUAUGCUCGGCAGCAGCGAGUCUGCGGGCAGCUUCCUGCAGAGUAACGAUGACUCUAAAACGAAACCAAGAGGCGACUCUUUUGUCAUUUCUGAUGCUUGCAUUGAAAGGACAUCGUUGUUUGAAAUGUCUGAAGCCCUGGACAUCAGCGAGCAGACGUACCUCGACUUGGUGAAGGCCCUCUCCAGCCUCCUCGACGUGCGGCAGAUGUCGGGCUCGCUCUCGCUGAAGCACGUACCGCGGGACGAGAGGGAGAAGCUGGCGGAGUCUCGGCGGAGGGACGCGGAGCUGCUGGAUGGUUGCAUCGGUGGGCUGAAGGGACAACUGGCCAGGAAAGAUCAACUUCUAGGAAGCUACGAGAAAGACCUGGAGCAGCUCAGACGGUCGCAGGUGACUCUGCACCAAAGACAGGCCGAGGUGGAGAGUUUACAGGAGCGUCUGCAGAGCCUGACGGAGGAGAACUGUCUGAUUCGAGAGGCCCAGGAUCGGAUGCAGACUCGUUUUGACCAGGAGAAGAGGCUGAACAAAGCUCUGAAGCAGCGGAAGGGAAUCCAUGUGGAGCAGUUGGAGAGAAAAGGGAGCCGGUCUCCAUCGCACAGCUGCGUGAGCGAGGACAAUCGCGGCACGGCCGAGUCUCGGAGGAGAAUGACGGAGGAGAGACUGCGGAGGAAGGAUUACGAGAUCGAUGUUCUGAAGCGUGAGCUGGGGAAGCAAGGCCAGGACCUGUGUGACACCACCACGCAACUCGUCAACCUGCAGAACUCUCUGAGGACGAAACGGAGGACAUUCCCAGAGGAGUGAGAAACUUAUCCAUCCGCGAUAUAUACUGAACCUCCG